AAAGAGUCGAAAUUCCCAUCCCCACCAUCUACACUGCACUGUGCCAGGUCUCGCAGAAAACAUCGCGAGAUUGGUGUCCCUUGGUAACCGUACACCAUACAGCUUACAUGGAGAGGUCUGAGGGACAAAAGACUCAGCUCAUCGCCAACCAGCCAUACGACGAGACUCUGGACAUCAACGACUCAGAAGAGGUGGCCAGUCUGUACACACCUACUCCACGGCAAGCAGUCUUUAGGAACACACACCGACAGCAGCUGAAUAACAUGGCCAAUAGUGGCAGUGAUGAGUUUGAAGAUGGUACCAAGCAAAAAAAGAAAGGUCCACCUGCUAAUCCACGUGAAGCAAAUGAAAAUAAUGAUGAAGAGGAGGAGGAGGAUGAUGACGACGACGAUGAUGAUGAUUCUGAUGAAACAGAGUCGGAUGAAGAUGAUGGGGAGCCAGGUUCAGCUCCGGAAGGAGCAUAUGACCCAGCAGAUUAUGAUCAUCUUCGUGUUACAUCAGAUAUCAAAGAACUUUUCCAGUACAUCACACGAUACACACCACAGACCAUUGAAUUGGACCAUAAGCUGAAGCCUUUUAUUCCUGACUUCAUUCCAGCCGUAGGCGACAUUGAUGCUUUCCUUAAAGUUCCUCGGCCGGAUGGGAAGGCGGACGGUCUGGGCUUGCUGGUGUUGGAUGAACCAUGUGCUAAGCAAUCUGACCCCACUGUGCUCUCCCUCUGGCUUUCUGAGAACAGUAAACAACACAAUGUCGCUGAAGUGAAAGUAAAGAGUAUUGAGAACACACAGAAGAACUCAAAAGCUAUAGAUAACUGGAUAGAGAGCAUCAGUGAACUACAUCGCUCCAAACCACCGGCUACAGUACACUACACCAGACCCAUGCCAGACAUCGAUAUGCUGAUGCAGGAGUGGCCACCUGAGUUUGAGGAGCUUUUGGGCAAGGUGAACCUCCCCACAGCAGAUAUUAACUGUGACCUGGCAGAGUACAUUGAUAUAAUUUGUGGUAUCUUGGACAUUCCAGUGUACAAGAACCGAAUCCAGUCUCUCCAUGUCCUGUUCACACUCUAUUCUGAAUUCAAAAACUCCCAGCACUUUAAGAAUUUGGCAGAGGGCCGCAAGUCCAACACGUCAUCCACUCAACAUAUUGCUACUGCUGAAGCAGAGACAUUCAUGCUAGAGUGAUCUUUCUCUCUGUCUCUCAGCCACUCUAGCUCUUUUGCUCUCUCUUUCUCUGUAUCUCUCCCUGUUUCUCACUCCCUCCUUCUCUCUCUCUCUCUCACACACACACACGAAUGUGAACCCGCAGAGACCCUAUGAAAGAGCCGUUAAGUCGCUUAUGCCACUCCACCCCCACUCCUCCCAUUACAAGUGGCAGCAACUUUAUUUUAACUUCUCAGCCGUCUGUAAUUUUUUUUUGUUAAGAAAAUGUCUGUAUAUAUUAAAUUUUUACCAAAUGCAUGUAUAUCUAUAACUAUUUCUUUAUGUUGUGAUAUUUACAAAUAAAGACUUUUUUUCCCUCAGA